AUGGCGCUACAACUGACUAAUCUGGACGGAAUUCUACCACUGCUUGCGAGAGGAAAAGUAAGAGACAUUUAUGAAGUCGACUCUAAAACUCUCCUAUUUGUUGCGACAGACCGCAUUUCGGCUUACGAUGUUAUUAUGGAAAACCCAGUGCCCGAGAAGGGGAUUCUUUUGACUAAGCUUUCCGAAUUUUGGUUUUCGUACCUAAAGUCAGAUGUGCGUAAUCAUCUGGUUGACAUCCCGGAGGGCAAAACCGUCUUUGACCUUCUUCCGGCACAAUUGUCGCAGCCCAAGUACAAGGCUCAACUCGAUGGCAGAUGCUUGCUCAUCCAUAAAUUCAAACUCAUCCCAUUGGAGGUCAUUGUUCGUGGCUUCAUCACCGGCUCUGCCUGGAAAGAAUAUAAAAAAUACGGUACCGUCCAUGGUUUAGCCGUUCCAGAGGGCCUUCAAGAAUGUCAAGAGUUUCCCAACCCUAUCUUCACACCUUCAACCAAAGCGGAACAAGGCGAACACGAUGAAAACAUUUCAAAAGAGCAGGCAGCUGCUCUGGUAGGACAAGAACUAUGCGAUAGAGUCGCUGAUCUUGCCAUAAAACUAUAUUCCAAGUGUAAGGAUUACGCAAAAACUAAAGGAAUUAUAAUUGCGGAUACAAAAUUCGAGUUUGGAAUAGAUGAAUCCACCAAUGAGAUUAUCUUGGUUGAUGAAGUUCUCACCCCUGACUCAUCUCGUUUCUGGAAUGGCAAAAACUUCGAGCUUGGAAAGUCCCAAGAUUCGUACGAUAAACAAUUUCUAAGAAAUUGGUUGACUGCGAAUAAGCUAGACGGCGUAAGCGGUGUCAAGAUGACUGAUGAUAUUGUGCAAAGAACUAGAGAGAAAUACGUCGAGGCAUAUGAGACGUUAACAGGCCAGAAGUUUUAA